CCAGUAUAAUUCUUCGUCAUCUAGCUAGCUAGCCACCAACCAUGGCAGUAAAUGUGGAGAUCACACGGAAGGCAGUGCUGAGGCCUUCACCGGGGUCUGCAUGGGGCGGCGCCAAGAAGGUUCCCAUCACCGUCUUCGACCGCGCCUCCACCGACGGGUACAUCCCGACGGUCUUCGCGUGGAGCUCGCCGGCGCCUACCAACAACACGCUCAAGGACGGCCUGCUCGCCACCGUCGCAAGCUUCCCACACCUGGCAGGGAGGUUCGCCAUCGACGACCACGGAAGGAAGUGCCUCCACCUCAAUAACGCCGGGGUGCUAGUCAUUGAGGCUACCGCCGGGGCGGACCUCGCUACGGCGUUGGCGCACGACGCCUCCGCCCAUAUCGCCGAGCUAUACCCAAAAGCGAAGAAGGAACAUGCGGACGAGGCUGUCUUCCAGGUGCAGCUGACGCGGUACACGUGCGGUGGGCUUGUAAUCGGCAUGGCCAGCCAUCACCAGGUCGCCGAUGGCCAGUCCAUGAGCGGCUUCUCCGCCUCCUGGGCCACCGCCGUCCGCACUAACUCCGCUGUCCUCCCGUCGCCGUUCCUCGACCGUGGGGCCACCGACAACCCCCGCAGCCCGCCUUUGCCGGUGUUCGAUCACGGAAGCAUCGAGUUCAAGGGCAAGCACAGCUCCAGCCGCUCCUACAGAGUGCUCCCCUUGGACAGGAUCAAGAACCUGGCGGUGCACUUCCCGGGCGAGUUCGUCGCCGAGCUCAAGGCCCGUGUGGGCUUUUCAUGCAGCACGUUCCAGUGCCUCCUUGCGCACGCAUGGAAGAAGGUCACGGCGGCGCGCGACCUGGCCCCGGAUGAUUUCACGCAGGUGAGGGUCGCCGUAAACUGCCGGGGCCGGGAGAAGCCCCCGGUGCCCAUGGACUUCUUCGGAAACAUGGUCCUCUGGGCAUUCCCGAGGAUGCAGGUCCGCGAUCUCCUAUCCUCCAGCUACCCGGCCGUGGUCGGCGUCAUCCGCGACGCCGUUGCGCGCGUGGAUGACGAGUACAUCCAGUCUUUCGUGGACUUCGGGGAGGCGCAGCGCGACGUUAAACUAGCAUCCACGGCGGCAACGCUGGGCAUGGCGUUCUGCCCUGAUCUGGAGGUGGAUAGCUGGCUCGGGUUUGGCUUUCACAACCUUGACUUCGGUGGUGGGCCGCCGUGCGCCUUCCUACCGCCGGACCUUCCCAUCGAUGGAGUAAUGAUCUUGGUGCCGUCGUGCGCAGCCAAGGGUGGCGCCCAUCUGUUUGUGGCUCUUGACAACGAGCACGUAGAAGCCUUCAAGAAGAUUUGCUAUUCCAUUGAGUGAUGAGCGAUGACUGCAAAUUAUAGCCUCCGUUUUCUCAGCUGACUGAGAUCUAACAAAGUUUCAAUCAUAGCAA